AUGAUUCCACCAUGGGUUGCCAUGCAUUUCGGUAGUAGUCGGGAGCCGACGAAGAAGAGAACCAUCCGCGAGCAGAUACAUCUUGGUGGUGCUGCAAACGGGCUCCGUCUCGAUGACGAAGCGUCUUGUUGUUCAGCCAAGCUGCCAGUUUUCCCUCGAGAAUCUAGACGCAGCCUUGAAGCUCGGAUCCAGCAAGCUCAUCAGCUGGUUGCCGGGAGCACUUCCGAGCCAAAGCAAAGAAGCAAGUUCACGAUAGUCUAUCCCUCCUUCCCUCUUUCUCCAAUGGCCUUGUUGAAACGAACUUACUCUGCCGUUUCCGGGAAAAGCGAUCGCACCGUCGCUACAGUCUCCACUUCCGCAAGUGGCUCCAUCGCCAGCCAUUCAACCUGCAAUGACGACUACCAACCGCCAUCUCUGUUGCGGAGUUGCAGCGAGGAGUCUGUAAUCUCCGCACUCGAUGAUGAUUUGGUAGCUGAUGACGACGACGACAAUGAUUGGGGGUAUUUUGUUGAUGUCGCAGAUGAGAAAGAAGAAAGACCGAAGAAAGAGAUUUCGACAGGCUACCGUCCCUUCAUGAGACACACCAUGCACCGAGGCAACCAAUGA